AUGAGGCGGCUGCGGCGCUGGGCGUUCGCGGCGCUGCUGCUGCUGCUCCCCUCGCCGGGUGUGGGGACUUGGGGUCCUGCUGGAGCGCUGCGCUGGAGGGUCUCUCCACACUUGGGGGGCCCGGAAGCCCCGGAGGUCACAGAGCCCAGCCGUCUGGUGGGGGAGAGCUCCGGGGGAGAGGUCCGAAAGCAGCAGUUGGAUACCAGGGUCCGCCAGGAGCCUCCGGGCGGCCCGCCUGUCCAUCUGGCCCAGGUGAGCUUCGUCAUCCCAGCCUUCAACUCCAACUUCACUCUGGAUCUGGAGUUGAACCAUCAUCUUCUCUCUUCACAAUACGUGGAGCGCCACUUCAGCCGGGAGGGGCCGACCCAGCACAGCACCGGUGCUGGAGACCACUGCUACUACCAGGGAAAGCUCCGAGGGAACCCCCACUCCUUUGCUGCCCUCUCCACCUGCCAAGGGCUGCAUGGGGUCUUCUCUGACGGGAACUUCACCUACAUCGUGGAGCCUCGAGAGAUGGCCGGGCCUCGGGAAAACGCCCAGGGACCCCUUCCCCACCUCAUUUACCGGACCCCUCUCCUCCCAGCCCCCCUCGGAUGCAGGGAACCAGGCUGCCUGUUUGCUGCGCUGGACCAUCCUGCUUCUCCGGACAGGCCGAGGCUGAGAAGGAAAAGGCAGGUCCGCCGGGGCCACCCCACAGUGCACAGUGAGACCAAGUACGUGGAGCUGAUCGUGAUCAAUGACCACCAGCUGUUUGAGCAGAUGCGGCAAUCGGUGGUCCUCACCAGCAACUUUGCCAAGUCCGUGGUGAACCUGGCAGACGUGAUGUACAAGGAGCAGCUCAAUACCCGCAUCGUGCUGGUUGCCAUGGAAACGUGGGCAGAUGGGGACAAGAUCCAGGUGCAGGAUGACCUCCUGGAGACCCUGGCCAGGCUCAUGGUCUACCGGCGGGAGGGCCUGCUGGAGCCCAGUGAUGCCACCCACCUCUUCUCGGGCAGAACUUUCCAGAGCACCAGCAGCGGGGCUGCCUAUGUGGGGGGCAUCUGCUCGCUGUCCAGGGGAGGGGGCGUGAACGAGUAUGACAACAUGGGGGCCAUGGCGGUGACCUUGGCUCAGACGCUGGGGCAGAACCUGGGCAUGAUGUGGAAUAAACACCGGAGCUCGGCAGGGGACUGCAAAUGUCCGGACAACUGGCUGGGUUGCAUCAUGGAGGACACUGGGUUCUACCUGCCCCGCAAGUUCUCACGCUGCAGCAUCGACGAGUACAACCAGUUUCUUCAGGAGGGCGGCGGGAGCUGCCUCUUCAACAAGCCCCUCAAGCUCCUGGACCCGCCUGAGUGCGGGAACGGCUUCGUGGAGGCGGGGGAGGAGUGCGACUGCGGCUCGGUGCAGGAGUGCAGCCGCGCGGGAGGGAACUGUUGCAAGAAAUGCACUCUGACUCACGACGCCAUGUGUAGCGACGGUCUCUGCUGUCGCCGCUGCAAGUACGAGCCGCGGGGUGUGUCCUGUCGAGAAGCUGUGAACGAGUGCGACAUCGCGGAGACCUGCACCGGGGAUUCGAGCCAGUGUCCACCUAACCUGCACAAGCUGGAUGGUUACUACUGUGAUCAUGAACAGGGCCGCUGCUAUGGAGGUCGCUGCAAAACCCGGGACCGGCAGUGCCAGGCCCUUUGGGGCCAUGCGGCUGCUGAUCGCUUCUGCUAUGAGAAGCUGAAUGUGGAGGGGACGGAACGUGGCAACUGUGGACGCAAGGGGUCAGGCUGGGUCCAGUGCAAUAAACAGGAUGUGCUGUGUGGCUUCCUCCUAUGUGUCAACAUCUCUGGAGCUCCUCGGCUGGGGGAUCUAGGGGGAGACAUCAGCAGCGUCACUUUCUACCACCAGGGCAAGGAGCUGGACUGCAGGGGCGGUCAUGUGCAGCUGGCUGAUGGCUCAGACCUGAGCUACGUGGAGGACGGCACAGCCUGUGGGCCCAACAUGUUGUGCCUGGACCAUCGCUGCCUGCCAGCCUCUGCCUUCAACUUCAGCACCUGCCCGGGCAGUGGCGAGCGCCGGAUCUGCUCCCACCACGGGGUCUGCAGCAACGAAGGGAAGUGCAUCUGUCAGCCAGAUUGGACAGGCAAAGACUGCAGUAUCCACAACCCCCUGCCCACGUCUCCGCCCACAGGGGAGACAGAGAGAUAUAAAGGUCCCAGCGGCACCAACAUCAUCAUUGGCUCCAUCGCCGGGGCUGUUCUGGUUGCAGCCAUCGUCCUGGGCGGCACGGGCUGGGGAUUUAAAAACAUCCGCCGAGGAAGGUACGACCCGACCCAGCAGGGGGCAGUGUGACGCCGGCCACGUCCUCCCUCCCGCUGUCCUUGUCUCCUCCAUCUCAUUGGUCACCUCGCAUUCUGUCGAUGGGGAGCUGAGGCCGGUUCCCCCACCCUUGCGGUCACGGCUGUCACUCCCGGGGUGGGAGAACCCCGCUCCAGGAAGAGUGUCCUCAACGUGCCCCUGCCCCCUUCUCCAGCCCACUCACCGCCUCAGGCCUUGGUCCUUUAACUCCUGCCCUUCCAAUGGUCAGCCCACCUCUGGCCCCGUGGACCCUGGAGCUGUGCGCGCGCCCCCACCACUCCUCCCCAGGGAAGGGAGCCUACCUCUGCGUCCCAUCCGUUUUGUCUUUCAUGUCGCCACUGUCUGACCUCCCGCCAGACCCCCUUCCCUGGCCAGCCUGUGACUCGCUGCCUCCAGGGCCCAGCACUGACCUCCUGGGGCCGGCUGAGGUGGGGGUGCUCUCCCUCUGAGCCCUGCCUCAUACCCUCCCCUGAUGCCCCCUCUCCGUUCCAGGUCCGGAGGGGCCUAAGUGCCACCCCCACCUCCCUCCGAGUCUGGCGCCCACCAUCUCCGCCCAGAACCAGGAGGCUGCCCCCGCCCAGCCACGGAGGGAGGCAGCAUGCAAAUGUCUUCCGGGCCCAGCCCUGCAACUCCUGGCCCCACAGGGGCUUGGGGCCGGGUCGUGGCCCUGUCCUCACACCACCAGGGUGGACCAGGCCUGGAGGGCAUUUCCCUCAUGGUCCCCCACCCCACCUCAUGCGGCUUUGGCCUUGCACACCAACUCUCCUCCUGUGAAUGUAGCCUCCAUCAUCACAGAUUGCCACAGCUCAAGUUGGGCGGGGCGGGGGAGGGCACGCAGCCAGCGAUGGGCGUGGCCCUGGAUGGCCCCGCCUCCAAGCCAGGUGACUGGGACCAGGGAGGGCCUAACCUUCCUGGGACCUAGGGGAGGGAGCUGACAUCAACCUUUUAUUUAUUUAUUUUUUUCCGUUUUUUUUUUUUUAAACUGAAUCUCAACUGAUGAAUGUAACUUUGGGGGUGCUUGGGCCAGGCAGCUGUGGGGAUAUUUCGACAUUUGCAGGAGGGACUGAAGGAGCUGUGAGUCCUGGCCAUCCCUUUGGCCCUCCCCGCGGGGGUGGUCACACCUGGCACCUUCUCACUGAACGUGGAAGUCCCUAAGCCAGGCAGGGGGCCUGGCAACCCUGCGCGCCCCCUCCGCCCAGCCCUGCUGAGCUUGGAGACAAGUCCGAGUGCUGAAUCAAACCAAAGCUGCCUGUUCCGUGCCUGAGGCCUAGGUUAUGGGUACGGCAACCACACGUCCCAGAUUGUCUUCAAUUCAAAACAAUCGUCCUGCUCUCCCUGCCAGGACGCAUGUAUUUGGGAGGAGGGUAGGGUCCUAGAAUAUAUAGUCCCUGAAAUAACAUGGCACCUUCCCCCUUUAAAUAAGGGUGAUGCUGGGGCUGACUCAGGGUUUAGGUGCCACUUGGCAUGGCCUGGAGGUCGCAGGCCAUCUGCCGGGGGAGCACUCUCCCAAGGAGGGAAGGCCAGGGGUGGCCCAGUGGAGGGUUAGGGGUUCCGCCUGUGAUGUGCAGGAGGAGGUAGGAAAAGGCAAGUCUCACGUUUGAUCCUCAGCUUCCAGAAACGUCCUUAAGGCCCUGUCAAGCCCAUUCUGCUCCUUAACACCAUUCCAGGGCCGGGUAGUAAGUUUACAGUCAUUUUCCCCGUUAGUCCUCCGAUCUGAUCCCCACUGCAGCUGAACCUGAGGCCAAGGCUGGGCAGAAUUCCUCAGUCCCUGCCCAUGGCCUUUCCUCAUGCCCCUCAGUUGGGACAUGAGCUCUGGCUCCUUGACUGCUAAAAACCAGCUGGCAGGGGCAAGCUGGGGAUCAAGCUACCUUCUGGAUGAAAGCCACAAAUGAAUGGAGCUCCUCUGCCCAGGGAUACCCCCAAGCCUCCCCAGGGGUUUCCGAACACCCCCAGGGUCUUUGAGCUGCCUAUCUUAGUUCCUCUGGGGCAUCUGUGAGGAGGAUUCAUGGAAGAAAUGGCUCCCUGUUUAUCUGUACCACCCCUCAGGGCAAACUGGGGACGGAGGCCCACUGACACGCUUUAAGGUAGCUGGAUGUGGCUGCAGUGGGGUCCUCGAUACUGAGCUCCAGCUGGCACUGCCCAAGCAAGGGGGUGGGUGGGGUACCACUCUAGCCAGUCCUGCCCCACCAGCCAGCCACACAAGCUGAGGCGGGGGCGGGAGGCUAAGGGCUGGGUUUUGCACUAUUGCGGCGGUACCUUAAGGCAUCCUCUUGUGGUACACACGUGCACACAGGUGAUACACACGUGCACACAGGUGGCGAUGCAUCUGGCACAAGCAUUUGGAUCCACAUCUCUGCACAAGCGUGAAUACCUCUGCACACAUGGGCACGUCUGUGUGUGCGUGCACAUGGGGUGGGGGUGGGGUGUGGAGAACCCAAGACUUCCUGUGACCAGUCCACCUGGCUCCCAGCUGUCCGCAUCCUCCUGCCCCACCCUGGCAGCCCCCACCCUGGCGGUGCCCAGGGAGGGGUGGAGGCACACUGACGUGGGCCUGGAACUGGCUCCAAACAGCAUCCUGUAAAUAUGUCAUCUGGGGCUCGGGGUGGGGAGGCAGGGACAGGAACGUCCAUUAAAGAUCACGUCCCAGGGCUUCCAUGGAACUCAA